ACAAAUCGAAGGCCUCUGGACAUCGUCACCUUGCUGGAGCACCCGGCUUCUGCCCCAUCUUCGUCUCCCUCUCUGGUGAAUGAGGGCUGAUGGUGGAUGGUCCCCCUGUCUUCGAGCCCUGGGUGGACAAAGGGGCUUCCAGAAAGAGAGGAGGAGGAUGGCCAGUGGAAAUGGGCUCCCUUCAUCGUCGGCCCUGGUGGCCAAGCGCCCCUCCGCCCUGGGCCCAUUCCCCAGAUACAUCUGGAUCCACCAGGAUACACCCCAAGACAGCCUAGACAAGACUUGCCAUGAAAUCUGGAAGAGAGUUCAGGGCCUGCCGGAGGCCUUGCAGCCCAGGACCUCAAAGGAGCAGCUCUCUGCCACCGUGGCUGGGACUCCAGGAGACAGUGGGCUCAGCUUCCAAGAAGAAGCUCUGGAGUUCAGCAGUGGCAAAGACGAGCUCUCCCUGUUGGUGGAGCAGGAGUUCCUGAGCCUGACCAAAGAGCCCCUCAUCCUGGUCGCAGACAACUCGGGGGAGCUGGAGGCACCUGGCAGCUCUCCCAAGGGGCCUCGACAGCCGGCUCCCUGCCUUCUCGUGCCUCCUCUGGUGACAGGCAGCAGUGAGUGCCCAGGAGCCUCCGUCAUUGCUAAUGAUGAGCUUCUGGAGCCGAAGGUGGCCGUGUCCGUGAUCGGCAGCCGGCAGGACUGCGAUUCUGCCAUGUCUACGGUCACGGGCAUCCUGCGUGCAGCCAAGGUCAAGAGUGCCAAGGGGACAGAAGACAGAGGUCACAGUCUGGGUGCCUCCAACUCAGAGAUCAGCAAGCUCCUGGCCCAGUUCCCACUGAAGUCCACCGAAACGUCCAAGACCCCCGACAACAAGAUGGUGCUGGAGGAGACCAAGGUCAUCAAGGACUUCCUGCAGAACAGCAUGUUCAGUGGCCCUGGACCCAAGGAGCCCACAGGGCUGGGCCCAUUCCUGCUGCUGCCACCCUCGCCUCCUCCUGCACCCCCCGACAAGCUCCCAGAGCUCCCUGCUCAGAAGAGGCAGCUCCCAGUGUUUGCCAAGAUCUGCUCCAAGCCCGAGGCUGACCCCUCUGUGGAGGGGCACCUCCUGAUAGGCUGGAGCAGUUAUUCCCUUUGCUGGGAUGGUUCCAGGAGGACAGGUCCAGUCCUGUCCAGACACAGCCACAGGUCCCCUGAGCUGGGGAGGCAAGAGCUGGUGGGAUCAGAUCCACUCCCAACAGAACGGAACUCUGGUGCCAAGGAACCAAGCAAGGGUCAAGAGAGCCUCUUUCUCAGUCAGUGGCCCCAGAGCCAGAAGGACAGCUGUGGUGAGGAGGGUUGCAGUGACCCGGUGAGCUCCACAUCCAUAGCCCUGCCCGUCAAGAAACCUGCAUGGCCGGCCAAGAAGAACCUGCUCUAUGAGUUCCUUGGGGCCACCAAGAACCCAAGCCGGCAGCUGAGGCUUCGCAGCAAAGUGGACGUGGAUGGGCUGAAGCUGAAACUUAACCCACCUGUGACAGUGGCCGACAAGAACAACCUCAAGUACACAGGGAAUGUUUUCACUCCACGCUUUGCCACCACCUUGACCUCGGCAACCGUGAACCAGCCACUCUGGCUCAACCUGAACUAUCCACCUCCGCCCGUGUUCACAAAUCACUCCAACUUCCCACAGUAUCAGGGCCUGUACCCACAGCAGGCAGCCAGGAUGCCCUUUCAGCAGGCCCAGCACCCCCCGCUGGGGUGUUACUCUCGACAGGUGACGCCGUACAACCCACAGCAGAUGGGACAGCAUAUCUUCCGCUCUUCCCACCCGCCUCUGCUGAGUUACAUUCCCUUUGUCCAGCCCAACUACCCGUACCCUCAGAGGACACCUCCAAAGCUGUCCGGCAGCCCCCGAGAACCUUCCCCCAUGGCAGGAGAUGGGCCGCAGUACCUCUUCCCCCCGCCUUACAGGUUUGGCUCCACGUCUGGUGGGCCCCUGAGGAACAGCCCCUACUUUUCCUCCAGUGGGAACGGCAUAAAUUUUUAGAUCUCCUUCUCUUCUCUCUCCUCCUACCUUAGACCUUGGAUCAGGGCUAAGGGUUCUGGAAUUCUGGAUUCUGCAACAGCUUGGUAUGAAGAUUGGAAAGCCAAGUUUCCAGCCAGGUCACAGACAGAAAACAGCAAGACCAGACUGAUCUAUUGACCAACACUCACACGCACGCAGCCCCCCCCCACACAGCACAACCACACACACAUAUCCCUCAUUUUCAUACUCACUUGCUCAACCACAUAUGCACCUGUAUUUAGCUAACGUGAGUGAUUUUUGUUUUCAUUGUUGUUGGUAAAAUAGAAGUAAGACACUUAAUUUUAGAAAGUUUGUAUUUUAUGAUAAAAGUAUGAGCUGCUUGAA